CUCGUUCCCGUGAUUAGGUUCAUUUGUGAGUUAUUAGCAGAUGUUAACUGCUGACCCGUAUGCCACAGGAGAGCCACAUGGAAUUCACUUUGUGGGCUUUAUUGAUUGUCCUGUGUAUUAGGAUUCUCCAGAGAACCAACUGGAGGCCAGCAAGUCCAGUUUGCAGGGUGGGCUGGCAGGCUGAAGACCAAGGGAGAACCAGUGAGCCAGCCUAAAAGCCAUAGGCAAGAAGAGCCAAUGUUGCAGAAUAAGACUAAAGCUAGUCUGCUGGAGAGUUCUCUCUCACUCAGAGAAGGCUCCAUCUUUCCUUCUAUUCAGGCCUUCAACUGAUUGGAUGAAGCCCACCCGCAUUACAAAGAGCAAUCCGCUUUGCUAGUUAAGAUGUUAAUCUCAUCCGGGGCGCCUGGGUGGCGCAGUCGGUUAAGCGUCUGACUUCAGCCAGGUCACAAUCUCGCGGUCCGUGAGUUCAAGCCCCGCGUCGGGCUCUGGGCUGAUGGCUCAGAGCCUGGAGCCUGUCUCCGAUUCUGUGUCUCCCUCUCUCUCUGCCCCUCCCCCGUUCAUGCUCUGUCUCUCUCUGUCCCAAAAAUAAAUAAAAAAACAAAACAAAACAAAAAAAACGUUGAAAGAUGUUAAUCUCAUCCUAAAACACCCUUGCAGAAAAGCCCAGACUACCAUUUGACAAAACAUUUAGGGUACCCCAUGGCCCAGUCAAGUUGACUCAUAAAAUUAACCAUCACAUCACACUCACUUGUGUUCAGAUAUGUUUAGAACCUGAAAUGUAUAGUCAGUAUCGUCAGGACUGCACCUCCAAUCGUCACAUUUUUCCCAGUCCAACAGAGGAAAGUCCUGUUGCCUAUUAGAAACCCGCUUCUGGCAGAGUUUUUUUUGGGGGGUGUGCUGGUCCAUGCGUUCUGGAACACACACAAGUUGCUCUGUAGUUAUGGGUACUAAUUGUAUAGCAGACUUGGGGACAGUAACGUAGAACCAAGAUGGUGUAGAGACCAGAAGGAGGCUUUGGGACACAUCCCCGAAUGAUGCUUCUGACACGGAAGCCGAUGGUUUCCCUUCUUUUAGGUUUGAAAUUCAGGAGUCAGUGACUAAAGGCUCAUAUUUUAUAUAUUAAACAUUAACAGAAUGUUAUCUGGAGGGAAAGCCCAGGCCAGGAGGUCUGUGAAGUGCAUGCUUAGUUAGUGAGUAGCUGAAAAACAUUAAUUAAAAAACAGCAUACACUAACUGACUGCUGGCAGAAGGAGCAUGUUUACAGUGUUAAGAGCAAAGAUAGCUGUGGUAAAGGGCUUAGCAGGGAAGUGCCCUGACAGCCUCACGGCCACCCCCUGUGAAUGGGACUGCGGUGGAAGGCAGGGGCUGUGUGAGUCUACUGCUGAUUGAUUGAAAAAAAUACAGCACUCUCUCGUCGCCCUUCCUUGCAGUGUAGGAACAUUUAAGAAUAAAUCUUUUCUUAACCCGGUAUUUUAGGAUCCCAUUUGAGAUCUGUACCUUGUGUAUAGGUUUUUGAUUUUUGCCGUAAGUCAUUAAGUUCUGUCAGGCAUUUGCUCUCAAAAAUAACAGUGGUGCACGUCCUUGUGUACAUAGAAAUCAUUUUGCGUCCCAAGACCAUGACAUAGGAUUCCUCAUUUAGUUCUUCCAACAACAGUGUCUGAGGUGCCACUGUUAUUACAGAUGAGGAAACUAAGGCUCCGAGAAGCUCAGUGAUGCCCCCCACAGUCUCCCAAGUGGAGUUGGAACUCAGAUCUGUGUGAUUCUAAACUGUAGGUUUAUCAUCUGUGCUCCCUACUGAUAUUAUGAAAUGGGUGCAAGCAGGAACUGCAUUCUAGACCGGGGGAUUUUUCAUAUGCAUUUCCUCCCCAAAGAACUAGUGUUUUCAAGUCACUGGGGACUGAAAGGAGGCUCCUGGUUUGUCUAGCUUUCCCAGAUGUGGGAGCCCGCCUGAUAAGUCUGUGCUGUCCCACUGUAAUGCACGUCGCCUUGCCGGGUCUAGAGCCUGAGGAGCAGUGUUGUGGGGAAGGCUGGGUCCUGGACCUGCCAAGAUGAAAGGCAGGGCUCCUGCCCUCCAGCCACUUCCCAUCUAGUGGAAGAGGCUGGACAGUGCCUUAUACUGAUAAAGCAGUGCAGUGCAUGCAGCAACUGAGAUGUGCCUUCGGUGCUGCGGGAACCGCUGAGCCAAGGGGAAGGGCCUCACCCAGGGUGAGUGGGCGGAGGGCUACACAGGCAGUUUCCUGGAGGAGACGGGCGUGAGCAGGGUCCUCAAGGACAAAUAGGCUUGGCCCUUGCAGGAGAAAGAAUGUCCGUCCAAAGACGAAGUUGCUGGAGAGCAAACAGCAGAGAGUGACUGGGCAUGGCAAGGGGGACAGGUGCCACCCAGGCUGGCCACAGACGUCCUCACACACAGGACAUGGGACCUGCCAUCCUUUCCAAGGCGGCAUGGGGUGGGGCAGGGAGAGGACAAGUCACAGGGUGUGCCAGGAGACAGAUCUGCUUUCUGGAGAGGCCGCUGGGCUCCGGGUGGACGACGCUGCAAAGGGGCAAGACAGGAGGUUUGGAGGUUGAGCAACACGGGCAAGUGAAGGCAGGCAACGUGAGGUUAGCGUAGUUCUGGGAAGUCAUUCAGAAGUAGGGUCCACAUAUCUGGGUGUGUAACCCGACGAGAGGGAGGAGUUCAGGUGUCCCAGUGGAUGGGAUCCAGGGCCUGGAGGAGCUGCGGCAGGGGAGAGAGGGCUGGCCCCAGCACCGCUUCAAGUUGCCAGUGAACACGGAGGGUGGUGUGGCCUGCCCCACCGUUAACGGACACGGGCACAUUCAAGCCCCAUGGCUUUCCUUGUGACACAUGCCCACGUCGAAACAGUCACGGCAGAACAGUCAUAAAUAUUAAUAGACACAGACCAGAAAUAUUUUGAAAAAGAGCGUGAUUCGACACCUUCCUCCUGAAUCCAUAAAUCUCCCCUCCUUUGUGUGAUUUGUAGCUAGGGCCUGGGUCCUCUGGAAAGUGUGCCCAGAUGACAUCAGACAUUGCCCAAACUGCCCACACAGGUCCCUGAGCAUGCAUCUCCUCAACAUAGGAGGGUUGUGUAUAUUUUGGAUCUUAAAGACCAAAUGCAUAAAUACCAGGGUGGUUAGAUAUGGCUUCACAAGAGCACUUGCUAAAAAAAGUCUUCCAGACUUUAGUCACCUAUGAGCUCAGUGUGUAGCAACCAAGAAAUCUUCAUUCCAAUGUCCACCAACACCUGACUGUGUAGCAGCCCCCGUGUAGGCCACAAAAUCCACCUGUGGAAGGUGGAUACCUAGACAGGACCGAUGGGGCUCCUUCGCCGGCAUGCACUGACGUGGAAUCCCAAGAGGCCAGCUGUGUGGUUUGUGUAAGUCCCCUAGCAGCACGCUGAGAGGGUGAGUGCCCUCCCUGCUGUGCCUGCAGAUGUUGGAAACCCAUCAUACAGGAGGUGACAUCUGAGCUGAGUCACCACAUGGGCCAGAAGAAGGCUGGCGGUUCUGUCGGAGGGGAGACUUGAGAGUGAAUGAUUCACUUAGGCUGGAGCCCAACAGUCAUGGAGCGGGGAGGGGAGGGAGAGAGAAUGCAGAGUUUAGGUGAGGCCCAUUUGUUAGGUUGGUGGCUUGGCUUUGUUCACAGACCAGUGACAGAAGCGAGGCAGGUUUCUUUCUUUCCCACAACAGCCCAGUUAGGGAUCUGGGGAAACGGGGGCUGUGCUUCUCCAAGUCACCCAGGGACCCAGGUUCCUUGAUGCUUGAUGCUUUAAGGAGGUGUUCACUUCCCACAUGACCAAAGCUGACCUCUCACCCCCACAGCUACGUCACCAGCUGGUGGCAAAGGGGGAAAGGAGAGGAGGGAGUAGUGAGCAAACAGUGGCCUUUUAUGGUGUGACUCACGUUGCACGUAGCCCUCCGUUCACAUCCUCCUGGGCAGAAAGCAGGGCCAUGCCUACCUGCCUGAGAGGCAGAGAGGUGUGGACUGUUGAGUCUUGCUAAACUUAGGCCUUCUCUCCCUGAAAGGAAGAAGAGGAUACUGGCUACUUGGGAUUAAAGUCUCUGCCAGGAGACCACGUCUCAAGAGCUAUGAUCAUCAGGAAAGCCCUUUCUGAGGAAAAACGCGUCUCAACAAAAACAUCAGCUGCAGACCUCGUGACAGAAACAGAUCACCUUGUGGAAGGUUUAAUUAUUUCCGAGCUGCAAAAGAGGUUUCCUUCGCACAGGUUCAUUGCUGAAGAGGCUGCAGCCGCCGGGGCCAAGUGUGUGCUCACCCCCAGCCCCACCUGGAUCGUCGACCCCAUUGAUGGCACCUGCAACUUUGUGCACAGAUUUCCCACCGUGGCAGUAAGCAUUGGAUUCGCUGUAAACCAAGAGCUGGAAUUUGGAGUGAUUUACCACUGCACAGAGGAGCGGCUGUACACAGGCCGGAGGGGCCGGGGCGCCUUCUGCAACGGCCAGCGACUCCGGGUCUCCGGGGAGACAGAUAUCUCCAAGGCCUUGGUUCUAACGGAAAUUGGCCCCAAACGUGACCCUGCCACUCUGAAAUUGUUCCUGAGCAACAUGGAGAGGUUACUCCACGCCAAAGCUCAUGGGGUCCGAGUUAUCGGGAGCUCCACCUUGGCACUCUGCCACCUGGCCUCGGGGGCUGCGGAUGCUUAUUACCAGUUUGGCCUGCACUGCUGGGACCUGGCUGCCGCCACCGUCAUCAUCAGAGAAGCAGGUGGCAUCGUGAUGGACACUUCAGGUGGACCUCUCGACCUCAUGUCUUGCAGAGUGGUGGCUGCGGGCACCCGAGAAAUGGCGACGCUCAUAGCUCAGGCCUUACAAACGAUUAACUAUGGGCGGGAUGAUGAGAAGUGAAAGGGAGCAGAGGGGCAGAGAAAUGUGACCCAAGGACUGGGCCCUCCUGGGAAUGCUGAGGCUGGCGGCGAGCCCUGGGACAAAGCUGCCUCCAGCAGCCUGCACACAUCAAGUGUCUCUGACCACCCCCAAGAGGAGGUGUUUUGCUAAAGUAUGUGGCUUUCUGGUUAAAUCCACGUCUUUCACCGGGAUUCGGUGUUUAGCUGGUGUCUCUCUUUAAUCUCACAUAGCCUUUAUCAGGUUAGUACACAUUCUUCUAUCAGGGCCAAAAUCCAAAUCUCGUGUGACAUACGUAUUGAAAA